CCUUGAAGGAUAGAACCAGGCGAAGGUCGAACGCCGAAAACGCAGAAAGGGAAGAGAAGGGGGCGGGUUAAACCACACACACACACACAAACGGAUAGACAGGCAGAGAGGGAGAAGUGGGCGUGGUCAAGGCGCGCGCGCUCCUGUCGGCCCGCCCGCCUGUGCGCGAGCGGCGGCUGGGGGGGGGGAGCGUGUGCGCAGAGCGCGAGCUAGACGCCUCGCGCACGCGCCGAGGCAGUAGCUCCGCCGCCGCCGCUGCUAAGGCUGCUAAGGCUGCCGCCGCCACAGCCGCUGCUACCGUCGCCGCCGCUGCCGCCAUUUUGGAUCCGCUGGCGCCCUCAGCGCAGCGCAAGGAGGGAGCAGACUCGGAAGAAGAAGAGGAGGAGGAGGUGGCGGCAGCGGGAGGAGGGCGGCCACGGCCGCUGCGCCAGGGCGAGUCGGGUUCGCCUGCCAAAGCGCGGCGGUGGCGGCGGCGGGUCUCGCCCUGGCCUUGCCUUGCCUGCCCGAGAAGGCGGGUUGGCCACGGCCUGGAAGGAUGAGGCGGCGCGGAGGAGCCCAAGCCGGGCCUCGCUGUGAUACGUGAGAAGACGAUGGCUGCAAGUUUCUGGAAAGAUCUGUUCAUGGAUCACAUGACUGCUCUGCUUUAAAAAAAAAUUUUUUUUUAAUUGUGACUGCACGUACUGUAAUGGACCCUCAGAAUACUGCUAUGUUAGGGCUGGGUUCUGGUUCUGAAGGGUUUUCUGGGAAAAGCCCCUCUGCAGUUGCCACAGGCGCGGCAGGAGGCAGGAGAGAGGCAGAGCUAGAUGCUAGUGCUAAGGAGGAGGAAGAGAAGAAGAGCAGCCCCGAGGGAAGUGGUGGCAAUGAAGCUGGCAAGGGCGAGAGCUUGUCGGAUGCCCAGCAGCAGUUUUCUGUGAAGGAGACGAACUUUUCAGAGGGGAAUUUGAAACUGAAAAUUGGCCUCCAAGCUACUAAGAGAACUAAAAAACCCCCUAAGAACCUGGAAAAUUAUGUCUGCCGGCCGGCAAUAAAAACCACUAUCAAGCAGCCCAGGAAGGUACAAAAGGUUGGGAAGAUGAUGGACGAGAAGAGCGACCUCGGCCCUGUGAAGCAACUGAGUCAGGACCCACCAAAGCUGUACAAGAAGGGUGGAGAAGCCACAGCAGCUGCUGACAGCUGCAUAGCUGAGGGCAGGGUGAGAGAAAGCAGCCCUCUUUCGAAGAAACUCUCACCGCUGCGCUCCGAAGCGACAGAUUAUGGGAAAUCGCCUGCGCCUCCCAUUCCAGUUGGUAGCCGUGAUUCCAACUCAAAGGACAGAGCUCAGAUUAACGGAGCCCCAACCGUGACAGAGAAACUGGCGCAGCUUAUUGCAACUUGCCCCCCAUCAACGUCUUCCAAGACGAAGCAAAAGAAGCCCUUCCUGGGGAUUGCUUCUGGAUUUGCUAAAGACUCUGGAAAGAAGCUCCCAGCGGUUGGGGCUGCGACUGCGUCGGCGAGCAAUGACUUCUUAAAGAAACCACUUGGAAGUGGCGCUAUGGGUGUUGCUUUGGGUAACAAGGAGUUUGCAAAGAAGUUGCCUGGGACCAGUAGCGGUGCUGGGCUAACCAGCAAGGACUCCGGGAGCAAAAAGCAGCCAGGGACGUGCCCCAGCAUGGCUGGGCUAGUUAGCAAGGAGUGUGGGAAGAAGCCACCAGGCCUUGGCACUCCAAUGGGAUUGGUCAGCAAGGAAAGUGGACGGAAACCACUGUUGACUGGCAUGCCGGUUGGGCUUGUCAGCAAGGAUUCUGGGAAAAGGCUGCUGGGUACUUGCAAUCCAGUUGGGUUAGUAAAGGAUUCUGGGAAAAAGCCGCUUGGGACUGUCUGUCCACCUGGAUCAGUGAACAAAGACCCUGGAAAAAAGCUCCCAGGACCUGGCAGUCCAAUAGGAUUGUUUAAUAAGGAUGGUGGGAAGAAGCAUCUUGGGUCAGAUGGGCCGAUUGGAUUGGUUAGCAAGGACUCUGGAAGGAAGCUGCCGGGGUUUGGGACUCCGAGUGUAUUGGUUAAUAAAGACUCUGGGAAGAAGCCGCCGGGAGCUAGCAGCCCAAUUGGGUCGAUUGCUAAAGAAUCCGGAAAGAAGCCGCUGGGGGUUGGCUUUCCAGCUACUCUGGCUGCAAAGGACCCUGGGAAGAAACUGGCAGGCGGCAGCAGUCUAUGUGGGCUGGCGAAUAAGGACUUGGGGGCUCUGAAAACCGACGCUGCUAACCCCUCCUUAGAGCCCUUCAAACGGUUUUGUGGUACAAACCCCAUAAGUCUCAAAAGUCCUCCACCCCCAGGCCUCUUGAAAGACAAUGGUGGCAGUAAACCUUUUGAGAAGCACGUUGCAAGGCAGAGUAAAGAGUGCGUCCCAGAAAAGUUGACGGUUCAGAAAGAAGACUUGGGUGGAGGCAAGGAGGGGGCCUGUAGUCAGCAGGACAGUUCCUCAUCCAACGAAAGGGGCACGUUUGAAAUGUCCAAGCACGAUAAGCAACUGCCAGUGUAUUGCACUUCCCCUGAAUUCAGGACUUCAGGAGGCGCUUCUGAUAUAUCUGCAGCCAAAACUCCCUUUAGUGCUGUGGGGGAGGGGGGCCUCCCGUCUCCCUCCCCGGCUGCCUCUGUCACUGCUCUAACGCGUAGCCCCACAGCAACCUUGGCUCAGUUAGCUUCCAGCUCCUCACAUUUAAACAACACACCCGACCUCUUAGGAGGAAUUUCUGAGCAGAUUAGUAAGACCCCAUUUGCCUCUGACACUACGCGCUCAAGUCUGAACAGGGCGCCAAAUCCUGGCUUGCAUGCCGCUGGCAAAGGGCUUGGUAGGGAAUUAAGCAAUUCCAAAGCUGUCCGUGCAGAUGACCCUAAACCUAGCCCUACUGUAGGCAGAAAGCCCGGCUUGGCAACUGAAUCAAACGUCCGUGCCACCGUUGCCCCUUCGGUGGUCAGCUUCUCCAGUUUAUUUAACAAUAGGCCCUUUCUAAAGAUGAGUGCCAUGGCUGCGUCAGGGAAGCCCUGCCAAGGAGCAGAAGCCCUGAGCAGCAGUAGAGGUGGUCCACAAAUGACGCAUUUAAAGAAAAGGAAAGGAAGGAAGCCCCGCUGGACUAAGGUAGUCUCUAGGAGCACUUGCCGGCCUCCCAAAGGUCUGGAGCUGGGGAGGCCUGAGCUUUUCAAAAACACUUCUUGCAACGUACUGUCAAACAGUAGCCUAGAUCAGGCCAAGCUCUUCAAAAGCGCAGGCCCACCUUCCUUUGCCGAGCACACAUUUGUCAAGCGUCAGCUGCCCAAGCUCAGCAAGUCCAGCAGCAUGCAGCCCCUCUCCCUGCUAAGCAGCGUUGAGAAGGAACCGAGCAAAUUUUACAGCCCCCACAUGCAGGCUUCCAUUGGGUGCAUCCCAGACGACUUGUUGCCUGAAAUGUACAAGUCCAAAAGGGGCAGGUCGAAAUCCAAAGAGAUGCCCCACCUGGAAGGCCCCCCGAAGCGGACCUUGAAGAUCCCCGCCUCAAAAGUCUUCUCUGUGCAGUCUAAGGAGGAGCAAGAGCCUCCCGUCUUGCAUCCAGAGGUCGAAAUACCGUCUCUGCAGCAGAGCCUCACGGAGCAAGCUUUCCCAAAGAAGAGAGGCCGGCCGAAAAGGCAGAGCAGAUCAGGGGUCAAGAUGAAUCCUCCCGUCCUCUCCGUGGCGCCCUUUGUCACCGUGGACAGUUCCAAAAAGCUAGAGUCUGAAAGUGACUACCAGCAGCAGAGCGGGAAUUUCUUUGAAGCGACGAGUCAGAUGGCAGACCCCGAGGAGCCUGGGAAAGCAACUGCCUGCAACAUGACUGACCUUGAGGUAGAGCCGGACCGACAGGACACCAAGCGCAACAAUGGGCAGCUGAUGAAAACCAUCAUCAGGAAAAUCAACAAGAUGAAGACGUUGAAACGUAAAAAGCUCCUGAAUCAAAUCCUCUCAUCUACUGCAACUGAGCCAAAUAAAGGGAAUGUGCAAUCCAAGCUCCACACGACCGUGUCGACCCUCGCUGCCACAUUUAGCUCGAAACUAGGCCAGCAGAUCAAUGUCAGCAAGAAAGGAACAAUCUACAUAGGAAAGAGGCGAGGUAGGAAGCCGAAAGCCGUCCUGAAUGGUAUCUUGGCUGUUAAUUCUGACAGCUUGACUGUUCUUGAGAAAUCUGCCCAGCAGGCAGCAGGGAUAGCGCUAGGGCAAGCAGUGCCCCCUUUGCUGCCUUCAGCUGUGAAUAGCCCCGAGAUUCUCCCUUCGCCCGUUUGUUCUCAGUCGUCAGGGGUGAGCGGAGGGCAAAGCCCUGUGAGCGGCGAUAUGGGCUUUGUGGAGCCCAAUUCAGUGCCCUAUUUACAUCUCCACUCCAGGCAGGGGAGCAUCAUUCAGACCCUAGCUAUGAGAAAGGCCUCGAGAGCCAGGAGGAGGCUCUCCCCGCCUACCCUUCUACCAAACUCCCCGUCCCACAUGAGCGAGCUCAGCUCAUUGAAGGAAGCCACUCCGUCGCCAAUCAGCGAGUCCCACAGCGAUGAGACCGUUCCCAGCGAUAGCGGGAUCGGGACCGACAACAACAGCACUUCCGACCGGGCGGAGAAGUUCUGCGGCCCGAAAAAGCGGCGGCACUCCUUUGACCACAUCUCCGUCGUGGCCCCUGAUGCCUCGACGGUCCUGAGCAGCCUCAAGGAGAAACACAAGCACAAGUGUAAGCGCCGGAGCCACGACUACCUGGCCUACGACAAAAUGAAGAGGCAGAAGCGGAAGAGGAAGAAGAAGUAUCCGCAGCUGCGGGGCAGGCAGGAUCCGGAUUUCCUGGCCGAGCUGGAGGAGCUGAUCAGCCGCUUGAGUGAGAUCCGGAUCACGCACCGGAGCCACCAUUUUAUCCCCCGGGACUUGUUGCCCACAAUUUUCCGCAUCAACUUCAACAGCUUCUACACUCAUCCGACCUUCCCUUUGGAACCUUUGCACUACAUCCGAAAGCCCGACUUGAAGAAGAAGAGAGGCCGCCCCCCAAAAAUGCGUGAGGCCAUGGCAGAAAUGCCCUUCAUGCACAGUCUCAGUUUCCCCCUCUCUGGUACCGGAUUCUACCCCUCUUAUGGUAUGCCUUACUCACCUUCUCCUCUUGCAGCCACUCCUAUUGGCUUGGGCUAUUACGGGCGGUACCCGCCAACCCUCUACCCGCCUCCGCCUUCCCCUUCGUUUAGCACCCCGUUGCCCCCUCCGUCUUACAUGCACACCGGCCACUUGCUCCUUAACCCCACCAAGUACCACAAGAAGAAGCAUAAGCUGCUGCGCCAGGAGGCCUUCCUCACUGCCAGCCGGGCACCCCUCCUCUCCAUGAGCACCUACCACCCCACUGUGCCGCCGGAGAUGGCCUACGGCUGGAUGCUGGAACACAAGCACCGGCACCGCCACAAGCAUCGCGAGCACCGUUCCUCGGAGCAGCCUCAGGUCUCCAUUGACGCCUUGACGCCCAACGGCCCUUCCCGGAACGUCUUGGAGUCCUUGAAGCGUUACCGGUUCGGGAAGGAGGCAGCCGGUGAGAGGUACAAGCAUAAGGAGAAGCACCGGUGCCACAUGGCUUGCCCACACCUGUCUCCUUCAAAAGGCCUGCUGGGGAGGGAGGAGCAGUGGGUCCGGAGGGAGCCAUCCGAGUCCAGCUCCCUCGCCCUGGGGUUGCAGACGCCGCUGCAGAUAGACUGUUCCGACGCCCCGCCUGGCCUGCCACUGGGGCGGUUCACGCCGAGUUCCGAACCGGCCAGCAGCGAUGAACAUACAAACCUUUUUACCAGUGCAAUAGGCAGCUGCCGAGUUGCUGGCUCUGCCACAGCUGGGGGGCGUAAAAAACUGUCCGACAGCUCAGGACUCUUCGGCCCCCAAGAAGUGUUGCUUGGCCGGCCCCUCCGAAAGGAGACAUUGCCCCCUAUGGAGAAGGCCGGGCCAACCCUGUCAGGAACACUUCCAGCACAGGACAAGCCCUCGCAGAGGCCAGCAGAGGGCACAAGCUGCAGCCCUUCCAGGAAGAGAUCUUCGUCUGAGAGCACAUCCUCUACAGUGGUUGCAUUACCUGUGCGAAGUACAAGACUCGGGACUGCAGUGGAAGAUCCUGCGGAUAAUCUGUUGCAGCGCAUGGCUCAGCAUGAAAGCCAGAGUGUCCUGGACAAAACCCUGGAGGCUGUCAUGACAAGCACACCUGCUCCACCCUUGGGUAGCCCCAGCCGAAGCCCUAGCAGGGAGAAGAGCGGUGGGCUCUUAAUCCCAGGUGACCCAGGUGGCGAGGGCAUCUCACUCCUUUCAGACCGGUUGUCGGGCGGCUGCUCCCCGCAUCACCUUAAGAGGAGCACGGUGGAAGCCAUGCAGUGCCAGGCGAGGAAAAUGUGCAGUUACGACAAGCUCUUGGCCACUAAGAAAAACCUGGACCACGUCAACAAAAUCCUCAAAGCCAAGAAGCUGCAGAGGCAGUCACGGACCGGCAACAACUUUGUGAAGCGCAGGCCGGGCAGGCCCAGGAAGUGCCCCUUGCCGUCGGUGGUUUCGGUCCACGCCUUCCAGGUGAGCCGGUUUGUCAGCCAAGAACUCGCUGGUGGGGGCCAAGGCUGCCUCCUGCACUGCGGCCCUGACACGGUUACGGACGCCAUCGAAUCGGUGGUCCAGGGAGUGAACGUGAAAGGCUGGAAGAGGAAGAGGUGGCUGGAAGAGGAGCAGGCCAGAAAAAAGCAGAAGCCUGUACCAGAUGAUGAGCAGGAGAGCACUGAAAGCUUUUCUGAAGCAGCAACAGAGCCACCUCCUCCUCCUGAAGAGGCGAUAGCAAAGCCGCGUGAGUUGGAGAGCGUUGAGCAGCCUCUGACUUCUCUUGUCCAGCGCGAGAAGAAAGCUCCACGGCCCCCAAAGAAGAAAUACCAGAAGGCAGGGCUCUACUCCGACGUGUACAAAACCACCGACCCCAAAAGCCGACUGAUCCAGCUAAAGAAAGAGAAGUUGGAGUACACUCCUGGUGAGCACGAGUACGGAUUGUUCCCGGCACCUAUUCACGUGGGGAAAUACCUACGCCAAAAGCGAAUAGAUUUCCAGUUGCCUUAUGACAUUCUCUGGCAGUGGAAACAUAAUCAGUUGUAUAAAAAGCCAGACGUCCCGCUUUAUAAAAAAAUCCGUUCUAAUGUUUAUGUGGACGUGAAACCUCUUUCUGGUUACGAGGCCACCACUUGCAACUGUAAGAAGCCCGAGGAUGGCAACAAAAAUGGCUGCUUGGAUGACUGUCUGAACAGGAUGAUCUUUGCCGAGUGCUCCCCCAACACCUGCCCCUGUGGGGAGCAGUGCUGCAACCAGCGGAUCCAGAGGCACGAGUGGGUGCAGUGUCUGGAGCGCUUCCGGGCUGAGGAGAAAGGCUGGGGCAUCCGUACGAAAGAGUCCCUGAAAUCCGGGCAGUUCAUCAUCGAAUACUUGGGGGAAGUGGUCAGCGAGCAGGAGUUCAGGAACCGAAUGAUUGAGCAGUACCACAACCACAGCGACCACUAUUGUCUCAACCUUGACAGCGGGAUGGUGAUUGACAGCUAUCGCAUGGGCAACGAGGCACGCUUCAUCAACCAUAGCUGCAACCCAAACUGCGAGAUGCAGAAAUGGUCUGUCAACGGAGUCUACAGAAUUGGGCUGUAUGCACUGAAGGAUAUGCCUGCUGGCACCGAGCUGACUUACGAUUACAACUUCCACUCCUUCAAUGUGGAAAAGCAGCAACUCUGCAAAUGCGGCUUCGACAAGUGCAGAGGGAUCAUUGGUGGCAAGAGCCAGCGAGCGAACGGCCUCCUGAGCAAAACCAACCAGCCUGUCACCACACAGAGGAGGCCAAGCCGGUCCAAAGAGAAGAGGAAAUCGAAGCACAAGUUGAAGAAGAGGAAGGGUCAUGUUCCCGAGGAGCCCAGCGAAAGCUCAAGUACCCCGACUCGGCUGACUCCACAGCUACAAAUGAAGCCCAUGUCCAACAGGGAAAGGAAUUUUGUGUUGAAACAUCAUGUUUUCUUGGUGCGCAAUUGGGAGAAGAUCCGACAGAAGCAAGAGGAAGUCAAACAUGCCAACGACAACCUUCACUCCGCCUCAUUAUACACACGCUGGAAUGGGAUGUGCCGGGAUGAUGGCAACAUAAAAUCUGAUGUCUUCAUGACACAGUUCUCUGCCCUGCAGACUUCCCGCUCAGUGCGAACACGGCGGCUGGCGGCAGCUGAAGAGAACAUCGAAGUUGCCCGUACCGCACGCCUCGCACAAAUCUUCAAGGAGAUCUGCGAUGGCAUCAUCUCAUACAAAGAUUCCUCCAGGCAAGCGCUUGCAGCUCCUUUGCUGAAUCUGCCCCCGAAGAAAAAAAACGCCGAUUACUACGAGAAGAUCUCUGACCCACUUGACCUCACCACCAUUGAGAAGCAGAUCUUGACAGGCUACUACAAAACGGUGGAGGCUUUUGACGGCGACAUGCUCAAGGUCUUCCGCAACACCGAAAAGUACUACGGCAGGAAAUCUCCGAUCGGACGGGACGUCUGCCGGCUGCGGAAGGCCUACUACAAUGCCCGCCACGAGGCAGCCGCCCAGAUCGACGAGAUUGUGGGGGAGACGGCGAGCGAGGCAGACAGCAGCGACACCUCCGUGUGUGAGAAGGAGAGCGGGCACGAGAAGGACGAGGACGUCAUCCGCUGCAUCUGUGGCUUGUACAAGGACGAAGGGCUCAUGAUCCAGUGCGACAAGUGCAUGGUUUGGCAGCACUGUGACUGCAUGGGGGUGAACUCUGACGUCGAACACUACUUGUGUGAGCAGUGUGAACCUCGCACGGUGGAUAGGGAGGUGCCUAUGAUUCCGCGACCACAUUACGCCCAGCCUGGCUGCGUUUACUUCAUCUGCCUGUUGCGGGAUGAUCUGUUGCUACGCCAAGGUGACUGUGUGUACCUGAUGAGAGACAGCAGAAGGACCCCGGAUGGCCACCCCGUCCGGCAGUCAUACCGCCUGCUGUCCCACAUCAACCGAGAGAGGCUCGAUAUCUUCCGCAUUGAAAAGCUCUGGAAAAACGAGAAGGAGGAACGGUUUGCCUUUGGCCACCACUAUUUCCGUCCUCACGAAACGCACCAUUCCCCCUCCCGGAAGUUCUACCACAACGAGCUCUUCCGGGUACCACUCUAUGAGAUCAUCCCCUUGGAAGCUGUGGUGGGGACCUGCUGCGUGCUGGACCUCUAUACCUAUUGCAAAGGAAGGCCAAAGGGGGUGAAGGAGCAGGACGUGUACAUCUGUGAUUACCGCCUCGACAAAUCGGCCCACCUUUUCUACAAGAUCCACCGGAACCGCUUUCCGGUGUGCACCAAAUCCUACGCCUUCGACCACUUCCCCAAGAGGCUGACGCCGAAGAGAGACUUCUCGCCACAUUACGUCCCUGACAACUACAAGAGAAAUGGAGGCAGGUCGUCUUGGAAGUCUGACCGUUCCAAGCCCCAGAACAAAGACCUGAGCCAGGAGGAAGACCCCCUCCCUGUCAUGGAGGAUGUGAUCGCAAGUCCAGAGCAAGCCCCUAGCGAGCCAACGCCCAGCCUGGAGGAGCCAGAGAAGGAGGCACCUCCCCAGGAAAGCGGCGAGAUGGAUAAAAAGGUGGAGGAGAGCAACCCCAUGCCAAGGCGGCCCUGCACCCCUGAGGAACGCAGGCACAUGCAGCGCGAGAGGCUCAACCAAAUCCUUCUCACCCUCCUAGAGAAAAUCCCAGGGAAAAAUGCCAUUGACGUCACGUACUUGCUAGAGGAAGGUUCGGGGAGGAAGCUGCGGCGGCGCACUCUGGCUCUUGCGGAGAGCAGCUUUAGGAAGUGACUCUGUGCUCCCAGGGAGAGGCUGCGGCCUGGAGUUUCCACCGUUAGCUUGUGCGUGAGACUGACGGACGGGCAAGGCUUUAACGCCUUCCUGCACCUCUACAGUUGUGUGUUGAGGGCAGGGAGGAGGAGAGGGCAGGAGGGCGGAAGGAAACUGACAAAAACGGUUCUGUAGCACUUAGGUGAUGCGAUUGGGCAAGCGAGCAGGCCCUGCCCCGCCCUGCCCCAUAGCCUGCCUGGCAGUGGUCUUAUGGUGUACGUGGUGUUGGGCGUGCCUUGUUGUCAUUGUUAAGGUACUAAGGAAAAACCUUGUGGUUAUUUGUCCCAAGACAGUUAAAAAAAAAGAAAGAUUUAAUUUAUUCCCCUCCCCAGCCCUACCCCUUGCUUUGGUGUUCCUGCGCAGAAACAACGGGAAAGGGGUGUACAAGUGGCGGAGGGGGGGGGGGGAGAGGUAAAUCAGGUUCAGAACACCUCUGCUCCUGUAGGAACCCCUCCCACUAGGCAUCUUUUCUCCUGCAACUGGUGCACCAUUGAACAACUCAACCUUGGAGGCCAUUCAGAAGUGGGGUGGGGUGGGGAAAGCGGCCUAGGCCCCCGAGGGGCUGAAGAUAUGGAGCCGGGGGGGGGGGGAACGAUGGCGAGCUCUUCAAUUUGUGCACGAUACACGAUGGAGGAAGAGCGCCGCUUUGAGCACGAGAGGGCUCUCGGAUCUAUUGGGCCGAAGAAGAAAUCGCCCCACCAGCCGUUGGCUUCGAAGCACUUGCUUCCACGUGCUGCAACUCAGGGUGGUGGGGCAGUGAUUUUCAUUUUCAUUUUUUUUGCUGCAGAGAAAUUUUACAAAGCCAAGUUCAGUCCUAAUACCAUCCCGUUGGGUUUUUCUUUUUGUUCAUUUCUUGUUUUUGUGUGUGUGUUUAUAUAUAUAUAUAUACAUACAUACAUAUAUAUAUAUAUAAGCUGUGGUUCUUGUGUGUCCAGUGCAUUGUGAAAAUUCUAAAAGACAAAAAAACCCCACAAACCUUUCACUACAUGAACCGUUGACCAGUAUUUCUGAGCAAGUAUUUGUUGUGAAACUGUAGACUAAUAUCCACUGAUAACACUACUCUUUGUGUCUCAUUUUUUUAAAAAAAAAGAAAAGGAAAAAAAAACCCUGUACGGCUUAAAAGCGUCCCGUCUCUUAAAGAGACAGUGUAUUUUACUCUCUCACCUCUCUCUGCCAUUAAUCCAGGGGGGUAAAAAAAAUGACAAGUGUUAACUCUCAUUGGCUGCAGCAAAGGAAUAAUUUCCUUGCUUUAAUGCAAUAUGGUGUCCAGCCACCACAGUUACUGUCAUCUGGUGCCGCGUUUGAAGGGAGGGGCGUCCCUCCUGAGGACACGCCGUGCCCCCAGCACGGUGGUCUACCGGCAAACUACUGGCAAAGGGAGCUGGCAGUCAGGCAUACACUGGCCCUUUAAUGUGGCUUUGCUCUCAGUCUCUCUCUCUCUCUCUCUGGCAUUCAUAUGCAUAUUAUGGUCCUGUUUUAGAUGUCCUUAUAAAAGAAUCCUGUUUUUAAAUGUGCCAAGUUGUAUAUAUCUUAAUUCUUUCCCCUUUGCUGUGUGGUUGUAAAGCAAUAUGGUAGAGGUCUCUUUCUCUCAGUUUCUCUCCAUGUUCUUUCCCAACGGACCAAGCUUGUCCUGAUUGUACAUUCUUGUUAACUAUAUAAUUCUUAUUUUACUCUUUGUUUGGAACAAAGAAGGAAGAGGGGUCCAUUCCAUUCAGAUUUUAACCUGAUGAUUUAAAAAAGUCGGGGGUGGGAGAAGAGGGGAGGGAAGCCCUUUGAGGAAGGAAAAAACAUAUUUUAUUAAAAAAAGACAAGAAAAUAGUUUGGAAUAUUUUCUUACUGUAGAGAAGCAUUGUACAGGAGAACCCUGAGUAUAAAAUACUCACGUGUCGUAGGGAAAAAAAGUUUUAAAAAAAAUGCAUGCCUGAGAAUCUUUUGAGUCGCUCCAUUUAGUUCAAAACGGGGGGGGGGAGGGGGGAGGCAAAUUGUCAUCUCAAAAUGGUGUUAAACACUAAAAAAAGAAAGUCCUUUUUAAAGAAGAGAGAUGAAAAGCGUGCCCAGAUGCAAGACAGUAGCUCUGCCAUUUUAUCUUUCUUUUGUUGAAAGACUAAAACCAGAUGUUUUUUAGACAAUCAAAUUCUAGGUAAGCGCGAAGAAUUUGUGUUGGUUUGGGUUCCUGUUUUCGUUUUUCCUUUGUUUUCUUACUGGUGUAGAAAAUUACUGACUUUUUUAAAAAAAAAAUCAGGGUGGGUGGGUUGGCUUAUUUUGUAUGAACUGAGGAGACUGGCAGCGUUUCACCUGAUCGCUGAUGGAAGCCCAGGAAAAAUAGGGGUGGGGGAAAUAAAAGCACUACGUUUGUUGCAAAUAUAGAUACGAACUCUUUUUAGUCUGCAUGGGGAUAGGCCGUGUGGUUCCUGAGGAGAAAUGCUGCUAAGAUAUUUCCUUUUUACAAGAGCAUAUCUAAAUAGACCCAUUGUUUUGAUGUUAAUCUUUGUAAAUUAUGUAUUACCAAUUUUAACAUUGGAUGUAAUUGCAUAAAAGGCCUGCAUCUCAAAUACUGAGAGAUUCUAGUAUUAAAUGGAAAAAAAUGUUUCCUA